AUGAGUAGUUUGUAUUAUUCAAGUAAGUUCUCUCUGAAAAAUUUGAAAAAAAAUUCAAAAAUAAACAUUUUGCAGAUGCCAGGGAAGUUGGAAGAAACGAGGUAACUUCAAAUGUGAUCAUAGCAGAGGAUAAGAAAACUGUGGUAUGUUUUUUUUUUCAAAUAUUUUUGCUCUGCUUAUUUAUAAUUCUAAAUUUGAUUUCAGGUAUAUGCAAUUCGUAUAGGUAAUGGACCCUUUAUGCAGAAACCUUUUGAAGAGUAUGAGAAAUUCUUUCAAUCGGUGAGAGUUUUCUACUAACUACAAACUAGAAUGUAGUUUUGUGUUUUGCAGGUUGGUGAAUUGACAACGGCCACAGCCACUCCGGCACCAAAGAAAAAGUUUUUGCAAUCGGACACCAAGUUUUAUGAGAAAAGGAAAUUGUGGAUUCAAAGUGUUUCACAACAUCUUAUUGAUAAUCAUACAAAGAAGUAGGUUUUACCGAAUUUAAUCAAAAAGUGAAUUGUGAAUUUCUGGAUUUUUAAAAAGUUCAAGAAAAGUUCCCCUACAGCAACCCGAGCAACCCCAACCACCAAAACAACAAUUAUCUCAUAUUUUCCAGCGACGAUGUCCGCAGAUUUUUCCACAUCGACUUUGGAGAUGAUGAUGAAAAUAUGGUUGACCUAGGACCAAGUGAACGAAAAACGUGAGAAUUUUCAUAAAAUAUUUAGAAAAUCGUCUUUUUCCAGAGCCUGCCCACAGGAUUUUGAUUUCCUAACAACAAUUGGAAAGGGUAGUUUUGGUAGAGUUUAUCAAGUUCGACACAAAGAAACCAAAAAAAUCUAUGCGAUGAAAGUUUUGUCCAAGGAACAUAUUAGGAAAAAGAAUGAGGUUUGUGUUUUUCUUGGGGAGUUUUGGUAAAAUUUUCAGAAAAUUCAUUUUUAGGUCAAACACGUGAUGGCUGAACGUAAUGUGUUGAUCAAUAAUUUCAAGCAUCCAUUUUUAGUUUCCCUACAUUAUUCGUUCCAAAAUAAGGAUAAGCUCUAUUUCGUUUUAGAUCAUUUAAAUGGUGGAGAGGUGAGCAAUUUUCUCAAGAAAAACUAGAACAAAAAAUAUCCGGUUUUCAGCUAUUUUCACAUUUACAACGUGAAAAACAUUUUAGCGAAUCGAGAAGUCGAUUUUAUGCGGCUGAAAUUGCUUGUGCACUUGGAUACUUGCAUGAGAAAAAUAUUAUCUACAGGUUUGUAGAUCAAACAAAUUUUUGAAAUAAUAAAAAAAAACAAGAUCUUUGUUUUUUUAGAGACUUGAAACCGGAAAAUUUACUUCUGGAUGACAAGGGUUACUUGGUUUUGGCUGAUUUUGGAUUGUGUAAAGAGGGAAUGAUCGGAGGGAAGACGACAGUCACUUUUUGCGGAACUCCGGAAUAUUUGGCACCGGAAAUUGUGUUGAAAAAACCAUAUGAUAAGACUGUUGAUUGGUGGUGUCUUGGAAGUGUUUUGUAUGAAAUGAUUUUUGGAUUGGUAAGGAAAGACAAUUUGGAGAAAUACUGAUGAGUCUCAGGAGGUCUAGAAGUAAUUAGAUUUGAGUUGGAUAAACAGAAGUGCACAUGAGGAUUUCUGAGAACAUAGUUUUGAGAAAAAAUAGAAUAAAUUAUAAAUAUUGAAUAUAUGAUUUCACCUAAUGACUAAAAUAAAAAGAAUGUCGAUUUGAGCUUAUUCACAUUUUCUUAUAAAAUUAACGUUAUUUUUAAUAGUCUGAAAGCGCGAACUGGUUAGUCACUGGUUAGUCAAGAAAUAUAUAUUAUUUUUUUAUUUCCAGCCACCAUUCUACUCCAAAGAUCACAAUGAAAUGUACGAUCGAAUUGUUAAUCAACCGCUCCGCCUCAAACAUAGCAUUUCAGUGCCAUGCUCUGAAUUGAUUACUGGGGUAAUUUUCAUUAUUUAUGUUUUCACUAAUAACUAUUUUUAUUCAGCUCCUCCAAAAAGAUCGAACUAAAAGAUUGGGAAACAAAAAUGAUUUCAAAGACAUUAAAGAUCAUCCAUUCUUCUUGCCAGUUGAUUGGGAUCGAUUAUUGAAUCGUGAAUUAAAAGCACCGUUCAUUCCAAAAGUCAAAAAUCAAAUGGAUGUGUCGCAAAUUUCCAAGGAAUUUGUUGAUAUACAGAUUGAUCCAUGUAAGAAUUUUGGUUUUUUUUGAGAGAACGGCUUCCAGAAAUACGUGAUAUGAACUGUGAUUUUGAAGAAUAUAUUUCUGAAAAAAAAACAUUUAUGAGAAACACUUUUCAAAAAUUCGCCCAAAACCCUUCAUCUUUCUUCAACUAUUCAUUUCUGAAUCAACUUUCUUAUAAGGAAAAUGCUUUUAUUUCCGAAAAAGUACAUUCAUUCUUAAUUUUUUGAAAACACAGCUUUCAAUUUAACCUAAAUUCUCAUUCAUCAAUAUUUUCAGCAUCAUUGGCUCCUCAACAUAUCGCUUCCACUAUGCGUGAUCAUGAUUUUGAAAACUUUACAUUCGUUGACACAAAUCGAGUGCUUGUUUGA